GUUUCGGAGGUUCACACGCGGAACAGCACAUGUGAAUUAUAAUAAUGAAGUUUUUAGCAUCUCUUGAGAAAAUAUGAUAUGAAGAAGUGAGACAUGCAUGGUCAUGAAGUGUAAAUUGAAGUGCCAAUAAUGCCAAAAAUUUAUGUUAUUGAGAGACUUGAGAAAUGAGAAGAAGAGAAGGCACUUGCUAUUUUUAAAGAGUUUACUCGUUAUGUCUGUCGAAAGUUGAAAGUCAGCAUAGGAGGGAGAAUACUCAAUGUAGAUAUAGCCAAAGCAAGAAGACAUAAAUCAAUUCACAUUUCACACAACUCAACCAUAUUUUGCAUUACCUAAAACAAUAAAAUCUCAUUGCUGGAUCCUCUUAUAUAUAAAUAUAUGCAUGUGCUUAAGCAUUAGCAUAUAAAAUCAAAGGCCUUCAUAAACAAAGAGAGGGUAAUAGCACAUGGCAACCUGUGUAAUUCAUAGCAGAGUUUCUUCAUUCUGGUGUUUGAGUACAAGAUCGAUUGCUGCUACAAUGAAUGUGCCCAAGAUCCAUGUGACCAAAAUCACCACCACCCCAUCAAGUUUGGCAGCAGACUUGGAUUAUCUAAAUAACUUCACUUCAUCUACCACCACCACCACUACAAAACACUACACCAACAAUAAUAAUUAUUCUAACAAUUCAACAACACUUAUUCAAAAGUCCAUGGAGAUAGCUAAGCUUCAUUUGAUUAUGGAGAUUGUAUCAGAUAGAUUGGAGAUGCACAAGAACGUGGCAGCGCAACGCGACAACUGGAACCACCUUCUUCUAACAUCAGUUAACAUGAUCACUCUUUCUGCUUCAACCAUGCUUGCUCUUGCAGCUACUAGUACUACUUCAAGUGGAGCACCUCUUAUGGCACUUAAGGUUUCAUCAACAAUCCUUUUCAUGGCUGCAACUGGAAUACUUGCUGUCAUGAACAAAUUCCAGCCAUCACAGCUUGCUGAGGAACAGAGAAAUGCUGCUAGGUUGUUCAAGCAGCUUAAUGGAGAGCUAAGAACAAAGGUUUCUCUCGGUAACGCCAAUGAAUUCGAGGUAACUGAAGCAAUGGAAAGAGUUUUGGCAUUGGACAAGGCUUACCCUCUUCCUCUUUUAGGCACCAUGCUUGACAAAUUCCCUCACAAAAUUGAACCAGCAGUGUGGUGGCCUCAAAAGAAGAAGAAACAUCAUUGGAAAGAAGAAGUAGGGGACAACAAAAACAACAGCAAUAAUGGAUGGGAUUCAAGGUUGGAAGGGGAAAUGAAAGCAAUUGUGAAAGCUGUGAGGAAGAAGGACAUGGCUGAGUACACGAGGCUAAGUAGAAAGGCUUUGAAUCUAAACAAGGUGUUGGCAGUUUCAGGGCCAUUACUCACUGGUCUUGCAGCAAUUGGUUCUGCUUGUUUGGGAUGUGUGAAUGGUUCAUGGCCUGUGAUGUUCGGUGUUGUUGGUGGGGCUUUGGCUUGUGUUGUUAACACAGUUGAGCAUGGUGGCCAAGUUGGCAUGGUGUUUGAGUUAUAUAGGUCUCUUAUUGGGUUCUUCAAGCUCAUGGAGGAGUCUAUUCAGCAGAAUUUAAGGGAAAAAGAUCUUCACAGAAGGGAAAAUGGAGAAUUGUUUGAGAUCAAAGUUGCCCUACAGCUUGGUAAAAGUCUUGAAGAACUAAGGCAAUUUUCAUCUUCUACUCAAAACGAUUUUGCUAGCAAGCUUUUCUAGGCAUACCAAAAAUGUUAUUAAGAUUCUUUGUAAAUGAUAAUUUGAGACUUUAGCUUAUCUGCUCAAAUUAUUCAUCAAGCUGUUUCUGAUCUGCAUUUUCUAAUAUUUUGGAAAUAGCAGAUUAUUAAAGCACAUGACUGUUGGACAGCUUCGAUAUGCAUAGUUUAGGGGUCAAGUUGUACUAUUCAUUCACUCUUUUAUAUGUAAAGCGCUUGAC